UCUCUUGUUCAACGUGCAGGCCGUGUUGAUCAGUCGUUCCCACUUCGCCCGUCAAGCAGUCCCGUGAACAUCUGCCGCCAUGGUCGCCGCUAAUCCGCUUUUCAUGGGCGGGUCGCUUUACAAGAAGUUCCAGGCAACAGUCAUAAAUGACAUAUGGCCGGAAUGUCUCUUCUUCAGCCUGAUUGCCACGAUGGUUACGCUCGUCUCGGAGCUGACGCGAACCCAGCUCUCGGUGUCAAAUGCAAUGCUGACCGUUCUGGGUACGGUUCUUGGUCUGGUCAUCUCGUUCCGAACGUCAACUGCGUACGAGCGGUUCUCAGAGGGUCGCAAACUCUGGACGAACAUUGCCAUCUCUUCCCGUAACCUUGCACAGGUGAUUUGGAUCCACGUCCCUUUUGAGCGCACGGACAAGGCUACUGGAGAGAAGAAGCCGCACUUGCAAGUCGUAAUCGAGAAGAAGAGCAUGAUCAACCUCGUGCAAGCGUACUCUGUUGCUGUGAAGCAUAUGCUCCGAGGAGAGGGCGGUGUAUACUAUGCUGACCUGUACCCUCUAAUCUCCUUCCUCCCACGGUUCAGCACAAACAUCGAACGAGCGUCCGAGGAAGAUAUGCUCCCUCUGUGGAAGGCCUCAGAUAUGGACCACGCCACACACAGGAGCAUUCACAGCGAGACGCUCUCAGGUUCUCACAUGAUGCGCUCAAACUCUUCGCCCCUUCCACAAUCGAGCGAGGAUGGUGAACAGACCGAGAAAGGCUCCCGGUUCAGCUCGAAGCGCAUGAAGCGGGCUAAGACCUUCGACCCCGAGAUGGCCCUGCCCGUGCUGCCCAGUGAACGGCCCUUGCUCCCGGCGCGCAAUCCACCACACAGCACAGUGUACGACUACUUCAAUUUCCUCCGCAUCUUCAAGCCCGUCAUCAAGCCAUUCUCGAGGCGUCUCAGUCAGAUACAUAUGCAGGCCCCCUCCCCCACCUCUGGGCGCGGACGCACGUUCACGGGCAAGAAGAUCAAGCCUGAGUUGGCAGACUCGAACGUGCCCGUCGAGAUCGCGCUGUUCCUGACCACCUACUUCGCGUCGCUCAUGAAGCAGGGUCUGCUCACCCCGGCGUCGGCGACCGCGAUGAACAACGCGAUCACUACCCUUCAGGACACCGUCGUCAAUUUGGAACGGAUUAAGAACACUCCUUUGCCAUUUGCGUACCAGGCUCACUUGCGCAUCUCGUUGUGGCUGUACCUGUUCUUCCUUCCGUUCCAAAUCUACAGCGCCUUCAAGUGGGUGACAAUUCCAGCCACGGCGUUUGCGUCCUUCUUGCUCUGCGGUUUCCUCGAAAUCGGUCAGGAAAUUGAGAACCCAUUUAAUUAUGACUUGAACGAUCUUGAUCUGGACCAGUUCUGCCUCGCGGUUCAGAGGGAACUCCACGAGGUGACCGCUCACACCACCCCCGACCCCGAGUCCUUCAUCUUCACGGAGUGGAACCAGCCCUUCGCACCUGCCGACCGCCGGAGCGCCAAGGAGAUGCUAGCGGACAUCGACCACGCUUAUCAUGGCCCGGACACCGGCGUGCACCACAUCCGCAAAGCCCUCCUGAAGAACUGGAGCGAUGUUGAUCAGAUGACGAGGCAACAGUAGCGUCGCAAUCUCCGAAACUGCUGCGAUCAUGAAAAGUAACUUUUGGAUCUAUGCACGGAUCGUUCUUGCGCCGACGAGAGAGAUCUUCACGGCGUCGUCGGGCGUAGCUGGCCCUGCUGCUACCGAUGCCCCAACGUUCUCUUCCGGAGGCUGUUUAUUGCAUGGUUCUCGACUUUGGUCCUACCUGGGGACCGUACUUAUUCUUAAUUCAGGCACUGCCAUAUAGCUUCAUGCACUCGGACUUUGCACACGACCGGCACGAUUCAUUCACGUAUUUAAAUCUUCAUUGACUUAGCACCCAGCGCUGUCGGCGAUCGAUCGUCUUGCUUUGCGUAUA